AUGUUAGAAUCAUUAGCUGCUACGCUUCUUAAUAAACUGCUAGGGGCUUAUGUGGAGAAUUUCGAUCCAAAUCAAUUAAACGUGGGGAUUUGGAGUGGUGAUGUCACUUUGAAAAAUCUGAAAUUGAAAAAAGAUUGUUUAGAUAAUUUAAACUUACCUAUAGAUGUCAAAUUUGGUAUAUUAGGAUCAUUAAUUUUAAACGUCCCUUGGUCAAGUUUAAAGAACAAACCUGUAAAAGUAACAAUAGAGGAAUGUUAUAUGCUAUGUUCUCCAAGAAACAUUACUGAUUUCAAUUCUGAAGAAGAUAUAUUAAGAGAAUUAAAUUUAAAAUUGAAAAAAUUGGCAGAAUGGGAAUUAUUAGGUGAUAGUCGUCCAAAUUCAUCAUCUUCCACUACCACCACCACUACAUCUUCUUCUGAUCUAGAAGAUAGGAAAAGUGAAUCAUUCAUGCAAUCUUUAUUAACAAAAAUUGUAGAUAACUUACAAAUCACCAUAAAAAAGAUUCAUAUUAGAUAUGAAGAUCAGCAUUCCAUCUUUUCAGAAAAGCCUUGUUCAUUAGGGUUAACUUUAAACGAAUUAUCUGCAGUAUCCACUGAUAAAAAUUGGAAACCAAGUUUCAUUUCCAUUACUCAAGAAAUUACAAAUAAAUUAUUAACUUUAGAUUCUUUAUGUUUCUAUUGGAAUACUGAUUGCCAUUCAAUUGAUACUCACGAUUUACAUAAUAUAGAAACUUCAAAACUAUUAUUAAAUUUCCAAAAUUCAAUCGCUUCCAAUAAUAAGUCAAUUUCCAAUUAUCAAUAUAUUUUAAAACCAGUUUCAGGUACAGGUAGAUUACGUGUCAAUAAAUCAGGAACUACAGAGACUCAGCCACAUAUAGAAGUAAGAAUGCUCUAUGACGAAUUCGGCAUAGAAUUAGAUGAUACAGAAUAUGAAGAUUUCCUACAUACAAUUUCCACUUUACAAUUAUUCAAUAAAGCUAAAAAAUUUUCCAAGUUUAGACCAACUUCUUCUUUGAAAGAUGAUUCCAAAGGUUGGUUCCAAUAUGCUGCAAAUUGUGUAUUAUAUGAAAUAAAAGAAAAAAAUGAUAUGUGGACUUGGGAAAAAAUUGAGAAAAGAUGUAAUGAAAGAAGACAAUAUAUUGAUUUAUGGAUUAAAAAAUUAAAACAAUCAAAUAUAGAGGAUCCAUUACCCGAUCCUAGGGAUAAUAACAAUUUACAAGAAUUACAUAAAAUCUUACAAUUUGAAGAUAUCGUCUUAUUUAGAACUUUGGCGAAAAAGAAAUACGCACAAAUUAGAUUAGACUCUCAAGACAAUUUACAAACCGAAUCUAUAGUGGAGGAAAAGAAACAAAACUCUUCAUGGUUAGGCUCUUGGUUUGGUGGUGCUAAGGCUUCUCAAUCUACAAAUAAUGAUUUAGUAUUAUCAGAAGAACAAAGACAAGAAUUAUACGAUGCCAUCGAAUUCAGUGAUUCAGAACCUUUAUUAGAUCAAAUCCAAAUACCAAAAAAUAGAACAAAAUUAAAAAUUACUAGUUUUUUGAAAAAAGGUUCAUUUUCUAUAAAGAAAAAAUCUCAAGACAAUUGUUUAGGUGAAAUGAUUUUUGAAAAUUGUGAAGUGGAAUUCUUACAAAGACCUGAUUCAUAUGUCGGUUCUUUUGAAUUAGAUAAAUUCAGAGUGGAAGAUGGUUCUCCAAAUACAUUAUAUAAGCAUAUUAUUAGCAUAAAGGAUUUUAAUGCUUACAAUACAACAACACCAACAACCACAACCACAGAUGAAUCUAAUACAAACCAGGGAAUAAUGGAAAAUAUCGAUGAAGGUAUAGAUUCUGAUAUAACAGAACCUUUAUUCAAAGUAUUAUAUGAAUCAAACCCAUUAGAUGAAUCGGCAUCUUCCAAAAUGGAUCUAAAAUUACGUGGUAUGUCAAUUUUUUAUCAUGUACAUUUUAUCACUGAAGUAAUGAAAUUCUUUAGCCCACAAAAGCAACAUAUUGAAACAGUAGGUGCCAUUAUUAAUGCUGCUGAAGCAACAAUGGAAGGCUGGACAACUCAAAGUAGAAUGGGUAUUGAAGCAUUACUAGAAGAACACAAAACAACAAAUAUCAAUUUCGAUUUACAAGCACCAUUAAUAAUUUUACCAGUAGACCCACAUAAAUGGGAUACACCUUGCGUAAUUAUUGAUGCUGGCCAUAUUAAAAUUACUAGUGAUUUGGUAUCAAAGGAAAAAUUACAGCUAAUGAAAGAUAUGGAUACUGAAGAAUAUGACAAAUUAGAUUCAAGUGAAAUCGAUAGAUUAAUGUUCGAUAGAUAUCAAUUAUAUUCUCAAGAUACUCAAAUAUUAGUGGGUCCAGAUGUUUGUUCUACUUUAGAAAGUUUAAAUGGCUCUAAUAAUGGAAUUUCUCUGAAUAUUUUAGAGAAAAUGCAAUUAGAUUUAACUGUAGAUUCAUGCAUUUUACCAAAGGCUUAUAAUUUACCUAAAAUAAAGACAUUUGGUCGUCUUCCAAAUUUGAAUAUACUUUUGAAUGAUUAUCAAUAUAAAAUAAUUAUGGAAUUAAUUGACAAGUCAAUGCCAUCAUUUCUUGAAUUGGAUAAUGAAAACGAAUUCGCUAACAAUAAACCAUCAACUGACUUAGAUAACGCCAUUAAAAAGGAACAGAUCCAACUAAGGGAGACGUUAAAGGCCUUAGAGAAUAUGACUGAAGCUCAAAUUGAACAACCAAAUUUCGAAUUACACCUUGAUGUGGGACAAUGUUUAAUCACUUUUUUCAAAUGUAUUGAAAAUGAAACAAUGAAAUCUGAAAAAAUGGUCGAUCUCCUGGGUGGUAAUUUUUCGUUCAAUUGGAUUAAAAAAAUUAAAGGAUGGGAUAUUGACCUUAGUGUUCACUCAUUAGACGUACUAGAUUAUAUUGAAAAAAGUGGCAUUGAAGAAUUAAAAUAUCUUGUAUCAUCAGGAUCUUCAUCUUCUAGUAGUGUGUCCGAUCUAUUUAUCUUGAAUUAUAAAAGAAGGCAAAGAAUUAUCCCACACGAUGAUACAUUGAUUGGGAUAUUUGAUCAAGAUUUAAAGAUGAACAUGGAACAACUUAAAUUGGUGUUAACACCAAGAUCAAUUCUAACAUUAAUGAAUUAUGCGAUUACCACCUUCACAGAUCCAACUGCCACCGAACUUCCAGCUGAUGCAUUGAGACAUAAUAAAGAAGGUAGUGACGAUGCUCCUCAAAAAUUAAAUUGGGAAAUAAUUAUGGCUGGUAUUACUUUGGUUUUUAACGAUGACUCUACUAAAAUAUCCACUUUAAUUCUAUCUGCAGGUGAAUACAAAUUGUACAUGCUUCCAGAGAAAAUGAAACUAAAUUUAAAAGUAGGCGGGCUUGAACUAACAGAUGAUUUACCAAAUGAUCAUAGAAGAAAUUUCAGCUCUGACAAAUUAAUUAGUAUGAGCGAUCAAGAUUUAAUUGAAUUUAGCUACGAAGUUUUCGAUAAAGCUAACAAUGUUAAUAAUUUUGAUUCCUUGUUGAAGUUGAACUCAGGGUCAAUGAACGUUAAUUUUGUUGAUUCUACAAUCAAUAGAUUGGUAAAUUACUUUUAUAGAUUUCAAUUAUUGAAGAGUGCAUUUGCUUCAGCUCGUCAAGUUGCUUACAACCAAACUCCAUCAAUUGAUACUGUCAAUAAAAUGAAAUUAGAUGUUGUAAUAAAGGGUCCUUUUAUCAAUUUUUCAAAUCAAUCAAUGAUAUCACAAAUUGGUUAUGAUAAUGUAGAAUUUUAUUCUGGUGAUUUCUUUAUCAAGAAUAAUUUCGAAAAAUCUAAGAAUGAAAAACAUAUAAACAAAAUUCAAUUAGGUGUAAGAGAUGGUAAAAUCAAGACCAUGUUUAGCUUAAGAAACUCUGAAAUACAAAGAUUGGAUAUUGUGGAAGAUUUUGGUAUUACUUUUAAUGUUGAUCAUAAUACUGAAGGAGAUCUAUCUUUACCAGAAUAUAAAGUAGUUGGUACUUUCAAUUCCUUUGCAUCAACUUUGACUGAACUACAAGUAAAGCAUUUAUAUAAAAUUUCUGAGAUAAUAACGAACACAUUUGUUAUACAUAAUUCUAGUGGUGUUCAAUUGGAUGAUGACUUACUUUACAUGAGUACCUUUAAGAAAGAAGAGCCCGAAUCAACAGAUAAAAAUAACAAAAUAACUGAACUUCCAAAAUCCGAAGAUCAAACCAAAACUAGUGAAGAAGAAUUAGGAAAUGGUGUAAAAUUAGACUUUGUAUUUUCUGCUCCAGAAAUUGCUCUGACAUUGUACAACGAUACCGAUAAACAAUGCAAUGUCUCGGAUUGUGGUUUAACAACGAUUAAAUUCCAAGAUAUGGGGAUUUCAUUUAUCCUUAAAAAUGAUGGUUCUGCCAAAGGUGAUUCAUAUAUUACAGCAUUUACAAUCGAAGAUAUUAGAAACAAUAAAGAUAAUAAACAUGUUGAAUUAUUACCUAAAAAUACUGAAGGAAAUUACCAAUUUUCUGCCUCGAUAUCUAGAGAUGUCAUGAAUGAACAAAAUAUCAAUACAAUAUCACUAUCUAUAGAUAGCCCCAGAAUUAUAUUAGCUAUGGAUUAUUUAUAUGCAUUAAAGCAAUUUUAUGAUAGUUCCUUUGGUGCUUUAAUCUCCCCUGCCACUCCAGAACAACUUGCUGAUGAAGAGAUAAAUGCAGGAUCAUUGACUUCUGAUAAAACUAAUUCACACUCACAGUACAUUAUUAAUGUAGUUAACGCUGCUCUAAUAUUAUUAGCCGAUCCCUCUGAUAUUGAAUCAGAAGCAGUUGUGUUCAAUGUUGGCCAAAUAUUACUUUCUGACCAAAAUAUUACUUCUGUAAUGUUUAACAAUGUUGGCAUGUUUUUAACCAAAAUGGGAGCUAGUGAAAGUAACCGUGUUCGUAUGAUUGAUGAUUAUUCUGCAUCGUUUGUAGUGGAUAGACGUGGCUCUACUUUCGAUAAAUUGAUGACGAAUAUCCAAGCAUCUAUUCAACCUUUAGUUAUGAGAAUUUCUUUAAGAGAUAUUAGAAUGGCUAUGCUCAUUUUUGAUAGAGUUGUUUCAUUGAUUGGAUGGAAUGAUCCUGCUGCUACAGAUGCUCAUGAAGAUUCUCCUCCCCCUGGUGCAUUCUCAAAGGAAUUUGAAAAAAGAUUAUCGAAGUAUAUACCUGAAUUAGCUAAGCAACCAUCUAAUGCCUCAAUUCACUCUAUUGAAAAUGAGCAAACUCCUGAAAUUACAAGUAAUCCUGAAAUUAUUUUACGUAAUGAAAAAAUGGCUGUGGAUUUUGGAGGAUUACGUUUGAUUUUAAUUGGUGACGUUCAUGAAAUGCCUAUUUUAGAUGUUAAUAUUACAGAGUUCGAGAUGACAGCCAAAGACUGGUCCUCUGAGAUGGACCUUUUGGCAUCUUUUGAGUCAUAUGUGAACGUUUUUAACUAUUCACGGUCAAGUUGGGAGCCACUAAUAGAAACGACUCCAUUUUCAUUUCAUCUAUCAAAGGGGCUUGAGCAAGAAGCUACUACAAUCUUUAAUAUAGUAUCCAAUAAAGUUUCAGAAAUUACUGUGUCUUCUAGAACCAUUGCUAUGCUCUCUAAAAUUCCUAGCUCUCUAAAAGGUGAAAUAGCUUUGAAGCCAAGGGGUGCUGAAAAACCUUACAAGCUAAUAAAUGAUUCUGGUUUAGACUUAGAAGUUUGGAUAUCUACCAAAAAUUUUGAAGAAAGGAAAAUUUUAACCCAAUUACCUUCAGGCUCUACCCUCGAUUGGGAAUUUGAAGAUUGGAGAGCAAUAAGAGAGAAACUAGAUGUAGACAAUAAUCAAAAUAUAUUAGGCUUUAGAGUUGCAGGCUCAACAUAUAAGACAGUUAUGAAAGUAAAUGCGACUAAUGAGGGUGAAUUUAUGUUUACUUUGAAUCCACCUAUUAAUGAUGUUCAUAAUCGUAUUGUUUGUGAAUUAGAUUUGGGAGAUGAUUUCAUAAAAGUAUUAACUUUCAGGUCUACAUUACAAUUAGAGAAUACAACCGAGUCUGAUAUUGAAUUCAAAUUAGAAAAUACUGAACUCUAUGAAGCAAAAAUAUCUACAAUUAAACCAGGUCAGACACGCUCGAUCCCAGUAGAACAUGCAUAUUCUUCUAAAUUAUGGUUUAGACCCUGCGAUGAAAGUUAUUCUUGGUCAUCUGAGCCCUUAGAAUGGAAGAAACUAUUAACCAAACCUGUUGUUGUCAGCUGUAAUUCUAACUAUACAGACGGACCAAAGUUCUACAUCGAAGUAAGCGGUAAAUAUGAUAAAAAAGAACCUCUUGCCAAAAUAUUUCCUCAUAUGAAACUCACUCUUUCUCCACCUAUUACAUUAGAAAAUUUAUUACCUUGUGAUAUCGGAUUUUCCUUAUUUGAUAAGAGAGAUGAGAGAAAAACAUAUAAAGUGUUAAAUAAAAGUCAAAAAUUCACCAUCCACGAUGUUUCACUUGAUAACUAUUUACUUCUAUCGGUACAACCACUUAUAGAAGAUUCAACCGUAUCCAAGCCAGUUAUAAUUCACACUCCUAAUUUAAGUGCUUUAAGAGAAGAGACAAAUGUCAAAAUGAAACUUCAAAGCGGCCAAAAACUGCGUUUAUCAAUUCACUAUCAAUCCUCAGAAGGGGAAAGAGCUAAAUUAAUAAGAUUGUAUUCACCAUAUAUUAUUUUGAAUGAGACGAAUAGGGAUUUAUUUAUUCAAAGUGAUUACGGCAACAUUGCUCAAUCGACUGUCCUUUACGAGAACAAUACAGAAUUCACGCUUCCCAAGAUGUUGUCAUUCGAUAGGAAUGAUGCUGAAAAUAAUCGAGCUACCGUAAAAUUUAAAGAUUCUCAAUGGAGUGCACCUUUAUCAUUCGAUGCAAUUGGCCAAUCGUUUGACACAGAGGUAAAAAUUCCCAACAAAGAAUUAGAGUCUAAUUUGGGAAUUACAAUUACAGAAGGUAAAGGUAAACAUAUAUUAAGUAAAAUUGUUAGAAUUACCCCCAGAUACAUUAUUCAUAAUGACUUAGAUGAAGUAUUUGAAAUCUGUGAGCCAGGAUCAACAAAUAUCAUCCAAGUCCAGCCUCAAACUUCUCUUCCACUUUUUAGGAUGAGAAAUAUUAUUGCAAAACAGUUACAACUUAAAUUCUUGGGAUUAAGAACUGAUUGGUCUGCUCCUUUCUUCAUUAAUGAUAUUGGCCUCACAUAUAUAAAAAUUCUAAAGGAGGACUCCACACAUAAACUGCUAAAGAUCGACAUAGUGCUAGACAAUGCAUCAUUGUUUAUUAGGGUAAGGGAUGCAGAAGAUCAAUGGCCAUAUUCAAUCCGUAACUUUAGUAACCAUGAGUUUAUCUUUUAUCAAAGAGAUCCAAGAAUAACUGAUGAUUUAUAUGAUGUGAAUGCCAUAGAGGAUAUGCCAGAAAGUGAUUAUAAACCACUGUGUUACCGCGUACCUCCAAGAAGUGUAAUGGCUUAUGCAUGGGAUUACCCUGCUGCAAGACAAAAGAAAUUAAUCUUGCGUGCUAAAGGAAGAAGCAGGGAAAUUCAAAUGGCUGAACUUGGUAACCUAAAGCCAAUGCGUCUGCCAGGUGAUACUCAAAUGGAUCCACCAUCAAUUGUUGACAUUAAUGUUGUAGCUGAUGGGCCUGUUCAAGCAUUGGUUAUUAGUAGAUAUAAUGAAAAAUCAAGUCUUUAUAAACUAAAAUCUGCUGGAUCAAUAGGAACUAGUUCUUCCUUAUCUGUUAAUGCGUCAGGCGAUGGAUUUGAAGCAGAAGAUUUGUACUCAAAGUCUUUGAAAAGGUUAGUUAUAUCAUUCGAUGGUAUCGGUAUGUCAUUCAUUAAUGAAAAACUACAAGAACUAUUUUACGUUAAUAUGAGAGGAAUUGAAUUAAGAUUCAAUGACUCGGAUCUUUAUGAAACGUUUAGUUGGAAAAUGAAAUGGCUUCAAAUUGACAACCAAAUGUUCAAUGCUUCACAACAGAACAUUCUAUAUCCAACUGCAGUUCCAAAUACUACAAAUGAGUUGGAGAAUCAUCCAAUUCUAUCAGGUUCUAUUUCAAGAGUAAAGGAUGAUUCCCAAGGUGUGAAAUAUUAUAAACAUAUGACUGUGUUACUGCAAGAGUUAUCUAUUAAGCUUGAUGAAGACUUCCUAUUUGCAUUAUUAGAUUUCUCUAAAUUCCCUGGCGCCAUUUGGAAUAAAGCUCCUGAACAAGAAAACUUUGAUAAACGUAUUGUUUUACCAGAAGUCGAAGACGUGAAAUUCUCAGACGAUAUUUAUUUUGAAAAUUUCCACAUCCAACCAACUAUGUUACAUUUAUCCUUUCAAAGAUCCGAUAACUUGGAUACAACUGAAGAGGAAGAUAAUAAACUAGCCGUAACUAGCCAGAACAAUCUGCUAUAUUUGGCUAAUAUUUUGACUAUGACAAUUGGUAAUGUCAAUGAUGCACCAAUUAAAUUGAAUUCUUUAUAUAUUGGUAAUGUUAGGACACCUGCCCUAUCCUUAUUGACAUCUAUUAAAACUCAUUAUGGUCAACAAUUCUUUUUCCAAUUACAUAAAAUCUUAGGUUCUGCUGAUUUCUUAGGUAAUCCAGUUGGUUUGUUCAACACUAUCAGUUCAGGUGUCUGGGAUAUGUUUUAUGAACCAUACAAAGGAUAUAUGAUGAAUGAUAGACCUCAGGAAAUCGGUUUACAUUUGGCUAAGGGAGGUUUGAGUUUUGCUAAGAAGACUGUAUUUGGUUUCUCAGAUAGUAUGUCUAAAGUUACCGGAUCUAUGGCUAAAGGUUUAGCAUAUACACAAGAUACUGAAUUUCAAAGAUAUAGAAAAUUGCAUCAAAGAAUGUCAGCUAAUAAUGGUAACGUAUUGGCUAAUUCUGCUCAAUCAUUUGCUACUACUUUAGCUAGUGGAUUUGCUGGUAUUGCCAUGGAUCCAAUUAAUGGUGCCCAAAAAGAAGGUGCAGGUGGUUUUGUAAAGGGGAUUGGCAAGGGUAUUAUGGGUUUACCAACCAAAACUGCCAUCGGUUUUCUGGACUUAGCUAGUAAUUUAAGUCAAGGUGUUAAAAGCUCAACUACAGCGUUAGAUAUGCCACCUGCUGCUAGAUACAGAUUGACAAGAUAUAUUGGGCAUGACAGACUAAUUAAACCUUACAGCGUGAAAGAUGCACAAGGCCAAUAUUGGUUGAAAGCUGCUAAUGGUGGUUUAUACAUUAGUGAUCGUUAUCUUUCCCAUGUUGUGUUGCCUGGUGGUGAAUUAGUUGUAAUUGUUUCAAUGGAACACAUUAUUGAGGUAAAAAUUGCAACCGAGGAAAUUAUGUGGAAUACUCCAUAUUCUGACAUUCAAGGUAUUGUUCUAGAGAAAGGAGGUAUCUAUAUCAAAUUAAAAUCUCAAGCUGAAUACUUUAUCCCAAUUGCUGAUUCUUCAGAAAGAAAAUCUGUUUACAGACAAAUCGCAGUGGCAGUAACAGAGUACAAUAAAUACUGUGAAGCUGUUUUAUAG